AUGGCUCCAGCUAAGCGCGCGCUGAUAAUUGCCAGUCCCUUUGAUGGUCUUCUUGGCCCCCUGGCUGACGCAGAAGCCAUAAAGACCGUCCUACAGGACCAAGGGUUCGAGAUAUUCGAAUGCUCCAACGCCAACGCUACUCGGAGAGGCAUUCUAGACACAUGGCAGAGCCUCAUAGACGCAACGUCAACCGCGGAUGUGGUCGUCAUUUACUACUCAGGCCACGGAGCUCUCAUCCGACCCAAAGACAACGAUGAGAACUUCGAUCUGAGCAAAGAGCAGCAAACGGCGGCGUCGCCAUUCCAGAUCCUCGUUCCCAUGGACUACGACCAAACAACCGCCACCGAUUUCCGCGGGAUCCUCAACCUGGAAAUAUCCUACAUGCUCCGCAAGACUACGAGCAAGUCGGAGAAUGUCACUGCCAUCAUCGACUGCUGUCACUCGGGAAGACUCUUCCGUGAUCCCCGGGCAGCUCCUGGCGUUGUGGAAGUGCGAACCAGGAACCUCCCUGAGAUCCGCUACCACGUCAUCGCAGACUUUGUAUGGCGGCUCAAAAGGGAAGGACAUUUUGAGGGAGAGCUGGAUGUGCUAGGGAACCCGCAUGUGGUGCGCAUCGCUGCCUCGACAACCAGCGAAUCCGCCAUGGAGUAUUCCACCGUGGACGGGAAAUGGCGAGGCGCAAUGACAGAGGCUCUUAUAUCAGCUAUGAAAUUAACUAGGGGGCAUGAUGUGUCUUGGAGGACGAUUCUUCUGCACGUUCAGCGGCUUGUCCAGUCGAGGUUCCCGAUGCAGCACCCGAGGGCUGAAGGGCCAGUACAUCGCGUACCGUUCGCCAUGCGACAUGUCCCUCCAGCUUCAUUGCAGUAUCUGAAUAUCAUUAAUCAGAUGCCGACUCUGCACGCAGGAAGUGUACUGGGUGUACAGGAAGGGAACGUUUAUUCCGUCAUGCCUCUUGAUCCAGAAGCCAUGACUUCUACCAAUGAGCUCCCAGAGGCUGUUGUCAUUAAGACGACAGGGUUCAGUUCUCUCGUCGAGCUGAGUUACACACCAUCGUGGGCGAGCUUCAGUAGACAGGGUGCGCUGGCAGUCUUGAAAUAUGACAAGGUCACAAAAUUGCCAGUCGUCCUACCAUCGGAGCUCAGGGGCCUUCGGGAAGCUGUGCAGCAAUCAAAGUACCUGCAAUGUGACGCCGUUGAGGAUUCCAUACUCGCUACAUUCCAACAUGAUACUGAGGGUAUUGUUACUCUGUCUACACCCAAGGGCAUUCGCAUUGCAUCACAGCAAAUCCAAAACGUGGAGGAGGCUCCAAGUCACACAUUUACGGAGAUGAUCAAAGUCGCCGAAAGGCUUGCAAGAGCCCAGCGGGUGGUCAAUCUUCAGCGCCCAUCAAAACAGGAUAAAUUGACCCACAACGUAGCCAUCGAAAUCGGAACCGCAAAGGACGGUAAGCCAGACCAAGUAUUCAUGACCGGGCCCAGUAGCACUAGUAGUAUCAAUCUUACAGAAGGCGACCGGCUCUACAUCCAGAUGGAGAACACUGGACUCAAAACAACCCACGUAUCUGUCUUUGCCAUCAACGCCGCCGGUGAGGUUUCGCACAUGACGCCCAACGAUCGAACCGGCUAUGAGCUUCAGCCCGAUGAUCUUGAGAUUAUCGGGGACGCGGGCUUUGACUAUAUCUCCGGGACGGAGCUGUCAUGGCCAGACGGGAUUGAGCGGGUACCAGUUGACGAGCAGUUCCUUGUCCUCUUCACUAGCUCGCCUGUUGACCUGGGCGAUCUGGUGGACUCGGUCAAUUAUGAUCUCUCUGCCUCGCGUACUGCGCCUCCUCCUGCAAAGCCAGUUAGGAUUCACUAUGAUAUACUCCAUAUCUCAUACACUCUUCAUCCAUUAUUGGCGGAGGCUGACGCUAUUUCCGCACACACCGGUGCUGAAGAUAACCAGGAGAAAUAUACCAACCUCGUUUGGCAGCCCGUUGACAACAACCAAGAGCAGGGUAUUGGUGUUCCAGCAACAGAUCUUCCUGGUCCACAUGAAGUAUUCCCAGAAACUGAAUUGGACGACGACCCAACUUUGGGUCCCAUAACCGUAGCUUCAAGGGUACGUAAGCCACGUUCAUCUUUCUGCCCAUAA